AUGAAUUUUUACAUUCAUCGAUGGGCCACAUUCAUCGCGAAUCGAACCAGUUUGAUUCACGAUUUGACCUUACCUGCAAUUUGGCGCCAUGUUCCCACGAAGGAGAAUCCAGUUGAUUGCGCAUCGCGCGGACUGUUUCCUUCCGAGCUCCUCAACCACUUACUGUGGUGGACUGGUCCAUCUUUUUUACUGAGUCCUCCAGACAAGUGGCCAAAAUUACUAUUAACCGAACUUGAAGAUUUCAAUGGGCCCUCCUCUCAGGAAGCUCGGGUACCUACUGUGCUCACCGUCACUGUAGACAUUCCGAUAAUCGAUUUGUUAAAUCGCAUGUCAUCGCUGCAGAAGAUCCUUCGCGUAAUCGCAUACUGUUUUCGAUUUUUCAAGCCCCGGUCUGACGCCCCAACUAGCUACAUUAUAAAUGCGGCAGAGUUAACUCGUUCUCUCUCUGCCUUGGUCUACUUAGUCCAACGUCAAACAUUUGCCGUCGAAAUUGUAGCUCUGUCAAACGGUCUUCCCUGCUCAAAAUCUCUCCGACGUUUAGACCUGUUUCUUGACCCAGUUGGUGUGUUCAGAGUGGGCUGUCGGCUUCGCAACGCCGAUAUUCCCAUACGUGCACAAACAUCCUGCUUUGUUGCCGUCCCGUCAUCGUUUAACUGA